UCUGAAGAGACAGCACCGUUGGAAGAAGAGGGGAAUUGCCAUUAUCCCAACAAAGUUUGGAAUCAGUUUUACAGUGAGCUUCUUGAAUCAGGCAGGAGCACUGAUUCACAUUUACACUGAUGGCUCGGUUCUCCUCACACAUGGUGGCACUGAAAUGGGGCAGGGACUUCAUACCAAGAUGGCUCAGGUUGCCAGUAAGGUCUUACAGAUCCCCAUCUCUAAGAUACACAUCAGUGAGACGAGCACCAACACAGUCCCCAACACAUCUCCAACAGCAGCUUCAGUCAGCUCUGAUCUCAAUGGGAUGGCAAUCUAUAAUGCCUGUCAAAUUUUAUUGAAACGUCUUGAGCCUUACAGGGACCAGAACCCCAAGGGAUCUUGGGAAGCUUGGGUGAAAGCUGCCUAUUUGGACAGUGUGAGUUUGUCAGCAACAGGAUAUUACAAGACCCCUGGUAUCAAUUAUGACUUUGAGAAGAAUGAAGGAAACCCGUUCCAUUAUUUUAGUUAUGGAGUGGCCUGCUCUGAAACUGAAAUUGACUGUUUAACUGGUGACCAUAAGAACCUCUGUACUUGGAUAGUAAUGGAUGUUGGCCUCAGUCUCAAUCCAGCCAUAGAUAUUGGGCAGAUUGAAGGUGCAUUCAUGCAAGGAGUUGGUCUGUUCACCCUGGAGGAGCUGCGCUAUUCUCCAGAUGGGAAUUUGUACACAAGAGGGCCUGGUAUGUACAAGAUUCCUGGGUUCGGUGACAUCCCCACUGAGUUCAAUGUGUCGCUCCUCCGAGAGGCACCCAACAGCAAAGCCAUUUACUCUUCCAAGGCUGUCGGGGAACCACCGCUUUUCCUUGCCUCGUCUGUGUUUUUCGCCAUUAAAGAUGCCAUCUAUGCUGCUAGGACCGAAUCAGGCCUGAGAGGCCCAUUCCAACUGGACAGUCCUGCUACUCCAGAGAGAAUACGCACUGCUUGUGCUGACAACUUCACCAAGUCUGAGGCUGGUAGCUCGCUGACAUCACCUCUCGAGUUCUUGGGUUUAAAAGAGGAAACUGGCUUGGUCGUGAAAUUGGAGGACGUCCCCUGA